UCUCCCACUCUACUUAUUUAAGCAACCUCGCCAUGGCCUACGUGGAUAUUACCUUCCUCUCUUCUCCUCCCAACUACCAUAAACGAACUUCUCAACCAUGUCAGCGCCAUAAAAUCAAAUCACUUUUUUCAAUUUCGAAUCCGAUAAAACCCAAUUUCCGAGACGGUUUUAUUGGGUCACUGAUCCAAGGAUCGAAUCACCAAUAAAAACCAUUUCUUUUUAGUUUUUUUUUUUUACAGAAUCGAUGAAUCCGUUUCCGGUCCAAGAAGGUGAUCCACCACUGUCACCACCAAAACCAGUUGAAGGGUUGCACGAAAUAGGACCGCCUCCGUUUCUGAUCAAGACAUUCGAGAUUGUGGAGGAUCCAAACACGGACCACAUCGUGUCUUGGAACAGAGGAGGCACUAGUUUUGUCGUCUGGGAUUUGCAUUCUUUCUCUGAGUUUCUUCUCCCUCGUCACUUCAAACACAGCAACUUCUCAAGCUUCGUCAGACAACUCAACACUUACGGUUUUAGAAAGAUAGAAGCAGAGAGGUGGGAGUUUGCAAACGAAGGGUUCCUCCUGGGACAAAGACAUUUACUGAAGAGCAUCAAGAGAAGAGCUUCCUUUGCUUUAUCGUCCUCAUCGAUUCAAGAUCCUUGCAUAGAGCUUCGUAAGGAGAAGCAGUUGCUGUUGAUGGAGCUGGUGAGUCUGAGACAGCAGCAGGAGACCAAUAAAAGCUACAUCAAAGCAAUGGAACAGAGGAUUGAAGGAGCAGAGAAGAAACAGAGGAAGAUGAUGUCGUUCUUGGCUAGAGCGAUGCAGAGCCCUUCGUUUCUGCAUCAGCUACUUAAGCAGAGAGAUAUGAGGGUUAAGGAGCUUGAGGAUGAGGCAGCGGAGAGAGGAAGAGGCUCUUCGGUGUCGGAGCUGGAAGCUCUGGCUCUAGAGAUGCAAGGCUAUGGAAAGCAGAAGAAUGUCAAGGAAGAAGAGGACAUGGUGGUCGAGAGAGAGUUGGACGAUGGUUUCUGGGAAGAGUUGCUUAGUAAUGAGAGUUUGGCUUCUACCUCUUCUACCUAAGAUGUAUUCCUUUUGCCUUUUAGUUGUAUUUUGAAGCUUUUGUUUUUUUUGUUCCCUUGUUUUCGAGCACUUUUUUGUUCUCUUGUUUAUUUCCAAGCAAUUUUUAUCAAGUAGUAGUGUAAACUAAAUGUCUAUACAACAUGUUUUGCAGAAAAAAAAUUAAAAAUA